AUGAUUCCUAUCACAGUCUACGGUAACGGACAAGUCAUUGAAACCUUCGCAUUUAUCGAUGAAGGAUCGUCCCUCACACUGAUAGAGGAAGCACUAGUUAACGAGUUGGGAAUAAAAGGAAUUGCACAGGCACUUUGCCUUCAGUGGACCGGCAACAUGUCGCGCAUGGAAAAGGAUUCCGAAAUAGUCGAGCUCGUGGUCUCCGGAAUAAACCAGCAAAAAUCCAGCCUAAAAGAAGCACGUACAGUUAAGGAACUAUCAUUGCCGACCCAAACGUUGGAUUAUAAAUACCUAGCAGGAAAAUACAGACAUCUCGAAGGCCUUCCAGUAGCUAGUUACGUCAACGCGGUCCCUCGGAUCUUGAUCGGCGUGAAUAACCUUCAUCUGACAGUGCCAUUGAGAGUCAAAGAGGGACAAUCAGAUGAACCUAUGGCGGCGAAAACUCGCUUGGGUUGGUGCAUCUACGGUGGUGCCAUAAGUGAACCAACUAACUCGUCUAUUAACUUCCACGCCUGUGAUUGUUCAAAGGAUGAAACUCUUCAUUUAAUGGUACGCAAUUUCAUCUCGCAGGAAGAUGCAGGACUUACAACUGAAGUCAUCUUAGAAUCUGAAGCAGAUCAAAGAGCCCGUUCUAUUUUGGAAAAAACCACCUGCAGGGUUGGGAAAAGGUUUUCCACUCGACUGCUUUGGCGCUUCGAUGAAUUCGAACUACCCGAUAGCUACCCAAUGGCGGUAAAACGCCUGGAAUGCUUAGAGCGUAAAAUGGUUAAGAAUCCCCACCUGAAAGAAAACUUAAAGCAAAAGUUGGCGGAUUACCAAGCAAAGGGCUAUGCGCAUUUGGCGACAGAGGCAGAGCUGAGAUAUUCAGAUCCUAGGCGUACAUGGUACUUACCACUGGGCGUGGUUGUAAACCCCAAAAAACCGGAGAAAGUAAGAAUGAUCUGGGACGCAUCGGCUACGGUUGACGGAAUAUCAUUGAAUACCAUGUUACUCAAGGGACCCGAUGAACUGAUUCCACUUCCUUGGAUCCUUUUUCGCUUCCGCCAAUAUCCUGUUGCCGUUACGGCGGACAUUACUGAGAUGUUUCAUCAAAUUUUGAUCGAUUCCGAUGAUCAACAAGCUCAACGCUUUCUAUGGAGAUCUGAUCCUCAAGGACCUCCCGAGAUUUACGUAAUGAACGUAGCUACGUUUGGGGCGACAUGCUCACCGGCCGCAGCCCAGUUCGUCAAGAAUAAAAAUGCCAGAGAAUUUGUCGAUGCCUAUCCCAGAGCUGUUGAAGGUAUCACGGAAGGACAUUAUGUGGAUGACUACGCAGACAGUUUUGAAACAAUCGAAGAGGCAGCAAGAGUAUCUUCGGAAAUCCGGAUGAUUCACGCAGCAGGAGGUUUUAAUAUUCGAGGUUGGAGGUCUAAUGACCCAAAUGUACUAGUGGAUCUGGGCGACGAUACGUCUCAAAAACCCAAAACUCUAGAUCUUGAAUCGCGGAGCUACGAGCGCGUUCUAGGAAUGCAUUGGUUACCUGCAGAAGAUGUCUUGGGAUAUUCUACCGCACUUCCACAAGAACUCCACGACAUCAUUACGCAAAAAAAUCGACCAACAAAACGUCAAGUUUUGCGUUGCCUUAUGAGUUUUUUCGAUCCACUCGGUUUGUUGGCAGCAUUUAUUCUACAUGGGAAAGUGCUGCUUCAGGACAUUUGGCGCUCAGGCAUCGAAUGGGACGAGGUGAUUGUCGGUGAGGCUUUCGAGAAGUGGCAACGGUGGACCGCACAAUUCGAACACGUAUCCAAACUUCAGAUCCCACGUUGUUAUUUCGACAGAGUGACCAGAACCCACUAUAAACAUUUGGAGCUACACAUCUUCGUGGAUGCCAGCGAGGAUGCCUACGCGGCAGCUGGUUAUUUCCGUAUUCCAAUCAGUCCCGGCGUGUUCGAAUGUACUCUUGUAGCGGCUAAAACUAAGGUCGCUCCGUUGAAACACAUAUCCAUCCCGCGAUUAGAGCUGCAAGCUGCUGUAACUGGAGCGCGGUUACGGAAGUUUAUAACAGAUGGUCAUCCAGUCGUAGCACAACGUGUUGUGUUUUGGUCGGAUUCCAGUACGGUUCUGGCGUGGAUUCGAUCAGAUCAUCGUAGAUUCUCACAAUUUGUGGCAUGUCGUGUAGGAGAAAUUUUGUCAUCGACAAACGUAUCAGAAUGGCGAUGGGUACCAUCCCGAUUCAACGUUGCUGACCACGCUACCAAGUGGGGACAAGGACCUCCACUACAGUCGAAUGAUAGCUGGUUUAAAGGACCGACAUUUCUGUGGGGCCCAGAAGAGAGCUGGCCUCAACCGAAGACCUUGAAAACUACUACUGAGGAACUUAGAGUUUCGUGUGUGCAUUCUGCACAUACGUUUACCGGUUUUGUAAUUAUUAUGUGCGGUUAUUCGAAAAAAGAUACAGCGGAUUCCUUAGCCAAGAAGAGCUCGGCGCAGCAGAGAAUGCUAUUUUUCGCCUAUGCCAACGACAAUCGUUCUUAG